AUGGUGUUCUUUGAGACGCUGGUGCUGGUGCACGGAAGGUGUGCUGCGAAGGAGACGAAACUCCUGAUGAAGGAAGCUUCGCGAGUCAUCGUGGAACGCGACGGAGCUCUCUUCAGGAUCUUAGACCUCGGCUGGCGACAUACUGCUCGGCCACUCUACAAGAAGGGUGUUGGCCACAUCUUCUACGGCCGUUGGUACUCGCUGAUCUGGGGUGGAAGCCCAAAGCUGCGGCGUGAAGUGGAAGACACGUUUGUGCACAACACCGGAGUUGUCAGGCAAGCCGAGCUUCGGAGAGCAAGGGUGCCUGUUACACUGUUGUAA